ACAAAAGGACGGCCUUGGAACCGAGUGUUACGCUGUUGUCCACAUAUACUUGGCGGUACAGUCCUCUCCUCCAUCCGGGUCGUUCCCUUUUCGGUAGCAGUUGGAUUCCUGAGCCUAAUCUUGGUGUUUGGCUGGGCGGCAAGCCGGCGGCCACUGGCCGGCGAGGCGCUCUAGGCCGAGCGGCUUUCGUCUCUAUGACCUCAGGGGGCGGUCCCCGGUGUCCGGGGCAGCGCUCGCAGAGGGGGCGCGCGUCAGUUCCGCGCGGGGCUGUCGGGGAACCAUGGCUGCCCCAAGAGAAAACGUCAAUUUAUUAUUCAAGUUAUACUGCUUGGCAGUGAUGACCCUGGUGGCUGCAGCUUAUACCGUAGCUUUAAGAUACACGAGGACAUCAGACAAAGAACUCUACUUUUCAACCACAGCCGUGUGUAUCACAGAAGUCAUAAAGUUAUUCCUAAGUGUGGGAAUUUUAGCCAAAGAAACUGGUAAUCUGGGUAGAUUCAAGGCAUCUUUAAGAGAAAAUGUCUUGGGGAGCCCCAAGGAACUGAUGAAGUUGAGUGUGCCUUCCUUAGUGUAUGCUGUUCAGAACAACAUGGCUUUCCUAGCUCUUAGCAAUCUGGAUGCAGCAGUGUACCAGGUGACCUAUCAAUUGAAGAUUCCCUGCACUGCUUUAUGUACUGUUUUAAUGUUAAACCGAACACUCAGCAAAUUACAGUGGAUUUCAGUUUUUAUGUUGUGUGGUGGAGUCAUACUUGUACAGUGGAAACCAGCCGAAGCCACAAAAGUCAUGGUGGAACAGAAUCCACUGUUAGGAUUUGGCGCUAUAGCAAUUGCUGUAUUGUGCUCAGGAUUUGCAGGAGUAUAUUUUGAAAAAGUUUUAAAGAGUUCAGACACUUCCCUUUGGGUGAGAAACAUUCAAAUGUAUCUAUCAGGGAUUGUUGUGACAUUAGUUGGCGUCUACUUGUCAGAUGGAGCUGAAAUUAAAGAAAAAGGAUUUUUCUAUGGUUAUACAUAUUAUGUCUGGCUUGUCAUCUUUCUUGCUAGUGUUGGAGGCCUCUACACUUCUAUUGUGGUCAAGUACACAGACAACAUCAUGAAAGGCUUUUCUGCAGCAGCAGCCAUUGUCCUUUCUACCAUAGCUUCAGUGAUGCUGUUUGGAUUACAGAUAACACUCACCUUUGCUUUGGGUACUCUUCUUGUAUGUGUUUCCAUAUACCUCUAUGGAUUACCUAGACAAGACACUACAUCCAUCCAACAAGGAGAAACAUCUUCAAAAGAGAGAGCCAGUGGUGUGUGAUUUCAGCCUCAAGAAAGAUUCCUCUUAAGACUGUACGAUUUACAUUAAACUAGAGCCUUAAGCCAAUCCCAGAAGGUAGCUUAAACCAACCAACAAAUAAAAAGCUGUGGCAUAAGAAUUAAGAAGAAACCUAUGUGAGUGAAUUGCUGCAAAGAUAAAAUGUGACCUGUUUGGAGUCAACUUGGUUUUAGAAUGAAGGACUUUUAUUACUGUAUAUAUAGUGUACAUAGAAAGUAUGGAGAUGACAUGGUGUUUAAAAAAUCAUGCGAGGCUACAAUAUUCGCUUAAACAAGGUUAGGGGUUAUGUUAGGGUUUAAAGUGCCAAAGCCAUUUCUGUACUAACUAUUCUCUUGUUCAGGUACCAGGGGAGGAGGAUGACCACUCCUUACUCUCCAACGCAUGUACAGUAUUGGGUCCCAGCAGCAGUGAAGACUAGCUCUUUUCUUACAAAAGAGGCAAAAACAAGACAGGCUAGUUCAGAAACAAACUGAAUGUGUAUCUUCUCAAAGUGAAUCUAUUUCAUAACUCAGACAAUGAUUUCUAGGUGGUGACUGAGUACUCCUUUAAGUGCUGUAUUUGUGCCAUUCAUUGUCUGGAUUCAUAUUUCUUUGCUGUUAUAAGAUAUACUUUUCUUCAAAAACUAUUUCUAAUGUCACUUUUGUACUUUUUUUUAAUAAAGUAUGUUUAACUGUGGGGCUCUCAAUUUGUGAAAUUUCAGUGUUUUUUAAAAAAAUUUCUAUAAUGUUAUGGGAAAAUUCAGCAAUAAACUUAAUUUAUUUAUA